AAUGUAAAAAAAAAAAAAAUAUUCUGGAACAAUGUGUAUAUAAUGUUUCAAUUUUCCAUUUUAGGAUGCCCAACUAGGAAUCAUAUUGGAAUACUGUAAAAUGGUGUCUUUUGGAAGCACUCUGAUAGUGUGUUAUGGAUAUUUCCGACUGGAUUAUUAUAUUCCAUGUGUCAUGAACAGGAUGUGAGCUUGGACCCAAACGCCGGAUUCAGAGGCAAAACCCACAGUUCCAAAAUCACAAUGUUGAAUAAACAGGCUGGGUGCGGUCGCUACAUGGGGAGGCGGUCAGCGAACGCAGCCGUAUCCAAAAGCAGGAGGCAAAAAGGUCACGUCAAUAAUCCCAUUAUGAUUCGCGCACGCACACGCAUGACAGCAUGACAGCAUGCUAUACUUUCUGACGUUCCACACCUUGCUUUUCAAGAAAUUCUCCCAAUCCAACCAAAGUCAACUAAGCGUGUUUUCCGCAUAUUUUUCCACGCUAAAUGGAAUUGUUCUUUUCAUUUGGGUGGAAAAUCUUUUCAUCGCUUUAACUGCUUUCACAAGCAUUUCUUUGCCUCAUUUCCCUUCUCUUGACAUAAUUGGACAAUCAUUCUCGAGUAAAAUAUGCGCGUGUUCCGUUACUUCAGAUUUGAAAUAUAGUUUAGUGUUCAAAAUACACAGUAUAUAAUAACAUAUACUGGGGAAAUGUGUUUAUAUAAUAUUAUGAUGAGGUGAUUAUACUUGUAUCUGGUUUUCAGUCAUAACAGCCCUCUCAAGAAAACCAUCAUCAAAUGAGUUUGACCCCCCCCUGCGUAUUCUAUUUCACAUAAGUCAUAUGUUGGCUAACUCAUUUGCAUACAUGACAGGGACGUAUAUAUUAAAUACAUAUCUCGCAUUUCCUUCCAGUACCACUUUGACCUCAUUAAUACAUCCACGCAUCCAUUUUCGCGCAUGCGUGUCCUCAUUAAGGGUAACGGUUGUGCUGUGUGUGUGUGUAGACAAACUAUCAUUCACACUGUCCACCAUUCUUUUUUUUUUUUGUAAUGUGAGAGGAAGCCCGAGUAGCAAGGUAAAACUGGGAGCAGUGCACACCCUUCCAACUACGCUUAAAAAAAAAAAAGCCACCCACAAAAGAAAAGAAAAGAAAAAAACCCUCGGCCCCCGUCUGGCCACACCACUGCAAUCAGUCUAGAACCGCCUCUGCACACAGGGAGUCCAGAACCGAGAUUCGAAUCCCCGACGUCAGUAUCGUGAGGCAGACACGAUGACCGCUCGGUUCAUACAUUUGUGCGUUCCGAUAGUACGACUCAAAAGUGAAAUAUCGGCCAUUUGUUGAUCUGUCUUCAAUGUGGCCCAAGAGAGCGUUAUAGCUUCUGUUCCACAGAGGAGAACCUGCAGUGGCUUCUCUUGACAAAGACGAUCGCCUUAAAGAGCUUUUCCCGUCGAUGCGUUCGGCUGGUGUGUUGUAUCACGGAGACAUCUGCCUGUUGGCGACUUCAUUGUUUCGCCCCUGCGUAUGUGCCAGUGACCUCAAUUGUGCUUUAAGCUCCCGUCUAUGUUUGCAUUAUCUACUUUUUAUGUGCUGCUUCUUAGCGUCGGCUAUAAAGUCAGUAAGAGUAACUACGCAACUUAACAAGUAAACACAUUAUUUCCCAUUUCUGUAGCAGAAAAUAAUCAUACAAUAGUUACUGUGUACACUCAAACAAUAACUGGCGCAUUUCAACUCAACGUGUCUUUCCGAGGACCCCUUGUUUGCCCGACAAAGUGCUGUGACGUAAAAUACGGGAAGUUCAGUAACACCGCAGUAAUACGGAAUUUAGAAUAAUGACCUCUUCCGAAGAAUCCCGCUUUUUGUCCCCAGUGGCUGUCUUUCAAAACAGAAUACAAAUGUUAUAGAAUCACAUAGAAGGCUCACAAAGCGCAUCGUCUGCGUCCUAUGGAAGCGACGGCUCCGUUGUUGUCAUGCCGAAUUCCAGCCGAGGGGGCGACAGAAGUUACAUCAAAUAGCUUGAAUUGUUAGAUGUGAUAUUUGCCUUUUUUUUUUCUGGGUCGUCCGAAAACUAACACAUUUAGAAUCUUAAGAAACCCAAAAUUACUGUUGUGGUGGUUGUUGUUUUUUUUUUGCAUUAUCACACAGCAGUUUUGAAUGUAAUCAUACCACGGAACAAAGUGAGAAUCCAUUCAAAAUGAUAUUAGAAUUGAAAUCUCAACAUCAUGAUUGUAAAUCAGUUCACUUCAUUGAACUGUGCUGUAACGAUGCGCUCUGUCUCAAAGUGGCGAUGUGGGCAAACUGUCAGUCAAUAUCAAAAGAAUCGCACGCAAUUUCAAAUGGGCAAAUUCCUAAUCCAACAAACCCUGAUAAGCAACAGUGACGAAUCGCAAUGUUAUUUAUGUUUCGCUGACAUUGCCCCAAGUGCACGUCGAUUUGCAACCGACAAAAAAAGGAAAAAAAAUCACAAAGAUAUUAUUUCUCGUUCUUGACCGGGAAAUGAAAAGGAAAUUGGAAGUUGCCAGGUAAAGUCGUUGGACCGAUUUUGUAGCUGUGGCUUUGUGAGAGAAACAUUCAAUGUCAAAGGCUCUGGAAAUUCCCCUCGGCAACUCCGAUAAGUGAAAUGUAUUUGUUGUCACCUUUCAUUUCUGCCAUCAACAGUCCGCGCUGACAGGUGACGACCUCUUGAGAACCCAAGAUGGAGGUCCAAACAACGAUUGAACGAUACAUUUGGGAAAGACAAGUUCAGUGAGCUAUGAUAAGAAGUUUCAUUUCACGAUGAUCAAACUGCCUCAAAACAACUUUGCAAGCAGAGUACAAUUUCCAUUCCAUUCGUCGCACGUCUGUUUUACUGCUGUGAAUGGAAAUCUUAUCCAGUGAACAGUGAAUUCAGGCUUUUGCACGUGAGUCAGUGUUUUAUGAGGCUUUCCCGAUCGUACAUUUUCCUCGUGUCGUGUCGCACCGAAGUAAAAUCGCAGCACUGCAACUAGACGUACGUACGAGAGGACGCGGUCAGCGGUGCUAAUUGUUAUUAAUCUCACGACCAGAGCAGUCGAUCGUGUGAGAAGAAUGGUUUUGCUUCGGGCAUGUUCAGAGCAGGUAGUGCAGAAAAUGUUGAAAAUCAUCAAAUUCUGAAUGAUGAGUUGGCCUCAAAACACAUGACACGCUUUUGAAACCAUUUGAGCAGAAUGCACAUCCCUUUUUUUUUUUUUUACUUCAUACUAAAACCGAUUAUGAGUAAGAAGCUGCAGCGGCCCAACCUUUCCUAAUCCCAAGGUUUUAAAACCGAAAAGCAGUUAAAGACAAAAGGAUUGCUUGUCGACUUUUGCCCUGGAGUGAGCGACGGCGGCAGAUUGUCAGUGUGUGCGCGCGUGUGUUGGAGAGCCUGCAAGAGUGACAGGGCGAUCAUCUCUUUUGUAUGUUUUGAUCCCUAAAUGCAGCGGCUGCGUCGCCCUUAUCCGAGCCACUUAGCUGUGCAGCGGGUAAGUGAUGCCAUGCACUUAGGCUGUGAAAAGCAGGUCAAUAUGACCACUGAGAGGAACCCGCAUGUGCAUAACGUGGAUAGCCUUGGGAUUAUUUCUCACAAAAUGUCUUAAUUCCUCUGUUCGCUAAUGAUCCAGGGAAAAUGCCCUCUAAUCUCCAUUCCAUUAAUUAAAAAGAGCAUGAGCCCGUGGAAAACCUCGCCAUCUGCUGCGGUUUCGCUGCUGCAGACAGAUUGUGUUUUCAGCUUUCAGCAUGCGGGCGAACUGGGAUUUGGGGAGCAAAUGGGUCGAGCCGACGGUAAACAGAUACAACUGCUCUGUUUCGGUGAUAACACUCCCAGAUGUGUUGGAAUGUUCAAAAUCUUCUCCUUGGCUCCAAUUCCGCACGAGAUACACCUGCACAAUCUCAUGAGUUCAAAACAGAUGCCGUGCUAAAAAUUGCGCCUUUGCUAAAUGUAGAAAACUCUGUUUUGGACGGCACCGUCACUGAUGUCAUUUUACUUUACUUUACUUUACUUUACUCUACCAAAACAUUCGAAAGACCUCUCAGAAUAAUGCAACUGCUAACCAGCACAAUACUAUUUUUUGUACAAAGGGUACUUACUGAUUUCGGCAUGUACAUCAUUUGGACUGAAGGAUGUGGACGCGCAAUUUGGCCACAUGAAAACUCAACAAUGAACGAACACAAUAGAGUGCGGCUCUACAACAUGGCGAGCUACAACAAAAUGACAACUCCAGUUUUGCUUUUGUUUUUUGGGGGGGAUUUUUUGGAACGCUUCUGGUGAGGCCAAAUGCAUUCAGUGAGUAAAAGUGAAGCAAGCACGUUUCCAUGCAAUUAAAGCCUCGGGACUGUGAUAUGGAUUGGCUCAGUCAAGAUUAUCCAAGCAGAUGUCGUCUUGCCUCCAAUUGAAACAGUAGGGCCAAUGGAACGAGGGCGCGCACACACCUCUGUGAUAGCCCCCCUGCGAGCCCCCCCCUCGCUCUUUCCUCUCUCCUUUCUCUCCCACACAGACAAACAGGAGCUGCAUCAGUCCCACCAAUGUCAAGUUUUGCAUUGUUUGCCGUCCACUGCGCGCAAUUUGGCCUCCGUCGGCAGCGUGGCGUUUUCGUGGGAGUGGAGAGAAAAGCCUCCAAAUGGACACACGAGGGGCGAAGACGGGACGAAAGGUGUGCGUCAACUGCUCCGUAUUCUGCGCCUUUGCCUCGCUUGUGUGUUUCUUGCACUCGGCAUGCGCACAGAUCCGCUACGCCAUCCCAGAGGAGCUGGAACACGGCGCCUUCGUGGGCAACGUAGCGGAGGACUUGGGUUUGGAUCUGGAUAAACUCUCUGCGCGAAGAUUCCGCAUCGUGUCCGGUACAAGGAGGCAGUACGUGGAGGUCAAUUUGGAAAAUGGAGUUUUGUUUGUCAACGAGAGGCUCGACCGGGAAGAUGUGUGCGAGCAGAGUUUGGCGUGCUCGUUCCAUUUGCAAGUGGUGAUCGAAAAGCCGCUGGAGUUGUACAGAGUUGAGGUCGAAAUUCUGGACGUAAAUGACAACUCCCCGAGCUUCCCGUGGAGCCAAUUUAAUCUGGACAUUUCGGAAUCCGCGGCACCGGGAUCCCGUUUCCCACUGGAGAGCGCGCAAGACUCGGACGUGGCUUCCAAUUCGUUGCGCACUUAUUUGCUGAGCGUCAAUGAGCAUUUCACUUUGGACAUCCAGACGAGGAGCGAUGGCAGUAAGUUCGCCGAACUGGUGCUCCAGAGCCCGUUGGACCGGGAAGAGCAGGGCGCGCACCAGAUGGUUCUGACGGCGGUGGACGGAGGUUCGCCGGAGAGGUCCGGAAGCGCGCAAAUUGACAUCACCGUUUUGGACGCCAACGAUAACGCGCCUGUCUUCGACCAGUCUUUCUAUCGCGUGCGACUGGCGGAGAACGCACCCAAGGGCGCAGUUGUCAUCAGACUCAACGCGUCCGACUUGGACGAGGGCACCAACGCGGACAUCGGCUACUCUUUCAGCGGGCACGCGCCCAGCAAAGUGCGCCAGCUCUUCGCGGUGGACGCGCGCACGGGCGAAAUCAAAGUGAAGGGGCCGAUCGAUUACGAAAAGGCAAGGAUGCACGAAAUGUACAUCCAGGCGAAGGACAAAGGUCCUUCCGCCGUCGCGGUCCACUGCAAGGUGCUGGUGAACGUCUUGGACCGGAACGACAACCUCCCAGAGGUCAUCCUGACGUCCGUGUCCACGCCCGUGCACGAGGACGCGCCCCCGGGCACCGUCAUCGCUGUCAUCAGCGUCACAGACGAGGACUCGGGGGAAAACGGCAACGUGGACUGCGAGAUCCCGAAUCUGAUCCCCUUCCAGCUCCACUCGUCCUUUCGAAACUACUACACGUUGGUGACCAGUGAUGUUCUGGACAGGGAACGCGCGGCCGAGUAUAACAUCACUCUCACCGCAAGAGAUAUGGGCUCUCCGCCUUUAUUCACCAGGACAACGAUCGUGGUGCACGUUUCUGACGUGAACGAUAACGCACCGCUCUUCGCGCAACCUUCCUAUUCCGUCUAUUUGACUGAGAACAACGCGCCCGGGGCCUCCAUCUGCUCGGUGACGGCGCAGGACCCAGACGAUGGGCAAAACGCGUAUCUCUCGUAUUCUGUAGCAGAAGCCGACAUCCAGGGCAUGCCCGCCUCCACGUACGUCUCCAUCAAUUCCGACAACGGCAACAUUUACGCCCUCAGGUCGUUUGACCACGAGCAGUUCAAAAGCUUCCAGAUCACAGUGCGAGCUCGAGAUGCCGGAUUGCCACCUUUAAUCGGCAACGUCACAGUGACUCUCUUUAUUUUGGACCAAAACGACAACGCGCCCGUCAUCGUGUCGCCUCUUCCUGAGAACGGGACGCCGCCGACCCAAGCGGUGCCGAGAUCCGCCGACGCCGGCUACCUGAUCACCGCGAUACGAGCGGUGGACGCGGACGCGGGUCAGAACUCGCGCCUCUUCUUCCAGAUGCUCCAAGCGACUGAUCCGAGCUUGUUCAGUGUGGCCCUAUACACAGGGGAAAUCAGGACAGUGCGGCGGCUCGCGGAGGAAGACCCCACGAGGCACAGAUUGGUCAUUCUGGUGAAGGACAAUGGCCAGCUACCCCUCUCGGCCACGGUUUCCAUCAUUCUGUCAGUGGUUGACAGCCUGCCGGAAUCUCAGCCCGAUUCGGGUGACCUGUCCCUGAGCCCCCGUCACAGCUCCGACUUUAGCCUCUACUUCAUCGUGUCCCUGGGCGCGAUCUCCUUCACAUUUCUCGUGGCUAUCGUCGUCAUCGUGACCGUGAGGGGGCUGAAGGACAGCGCGUCCGGCAAAGAGUCCAACUUGCGCUGCGGUUGUUGUCGCUCGGUAACGCCCGGCGGCGCCGACGUCUUCAAAAAGUCCCAUUUGAACGUCAGAACGUCCGCGGACUCGGCCGGCGGUAACGGCGCGCCCCCGCAAGCUUACUGCUACAAGAUGUGUCUGACGCCAGAAUCCUCCAAAAGUGACUUCAUGUUCCUCAAGCCCUGCAGCCCCGUCUUAUCUGGCCGGCAGAAUAAGAAUCAUUCCCAAAGCACAGACUACCUGACAUCUGGUUGGAGCGCCAACCACCGAACUUCAUCCCCAAAAGAGCUUAAGUAUUCCAGUAAGGACUGGACCUGGACCAAGAACCAACGCAAUUCAACAUACAAGAGGUACAGCUGUGGAAAUAUGGAAGGCGCGCUAUCCCGUCCGCAGCACUACGACGCCGAUGAGUAUUUGUGCUCCGUGGCGCCGCCGCAGUACUGGACCUGGGGAAACCAAAUGAGUGACUGCAAGAUGUCUCUUCAAGACGAAGCCAACUGCACUUGGACUCCAAAGUACACGCAGCCUCAGUCUGAGGCGGCGGACUACCAGCACAAUGUGCACAUUCCCUCGGAGACACCACUGGACUACCAGCACAACGUGUAUAUUCCUGGCACCGCAUCCGGCUACGGCACACUCAAGCUUGCGCCGCGGAGUGAGCUGGACGUCUACAACACCUUUUCUACUUUUGGGAAGAAAAAGAAAUUCAUCUCCAAAUAUGAACCGCCUUGUGACAGAGAGGAUGGGCUCAUAAGCAGUGCUAUUUUGAAAUAGGACACCAAGCAUUCUGUUGACUCCCUGUAUGAUGUAUGAUAUAUUUGUAACUAACAAGUUGGUUUUUGUGAGAUUUUUGCAUAGGACUUGGAAAAGCAAAAAUAAGAAGAAAACAGACUUAUAAUCGGGGUGAUUCAAAAUGUGACUUUUCCCAAAACCUACGGCCCUAAAUGCAUAUGGUCAAAUAUUUGACUUGCACUUUUCAAAUGCUUUCCUGCUCAAUUCUCAUGAGCACACGUUGUAUUAAGCAACACAUCCAAUAGUAACUGUUUAUUCUUCCUCAAGAAGUGUUGUAUAUGUUGGACGAGUCGUUUUGACUUGUUGUUGUUGUUGUUGUUGUUGUUCUCAUCACAUGCAAAUAAUGAUAGAAUUCCGAUGGACAGCAAAGGUGACGCUCGACUUGUGGCUUCUAGGCUUGCUCCAUUCAAAAUGAUCCUCAUACAUGAUGAUUUCAAUGUGUUGUGAAAUUCAGUUUGAAAUGUGACCUGUACCUAUCCAUGAUUCAUCUGUAUCCUAGUACAUGUUCAUACAUGGUAGAAAUAUUCACUUUGUACAAAGUAUGUACAGGAAAUAGAUAUUAUAUGAAUAAAAUUCACCUUAAACCCAAAA